CCUCUUCAUUCUCCUAUGACCAGCCUCAGCUCACGUAGUCUAUAAUGGCCCCGUCCUCAUCCUCUUCUUUUUGCCGUUGCUGCUGUCCUUGUUCACGGCUUUGCUCAAGAUCUUCCGUCUACACUUUGGUUCUGGGUCUGGGUUUUGUCACCUUGGGAACCAGUCGCAUCCUAUUACUAAAAUUCUCGGCCAAUGAAGAAAAUAAAUAUGACUUUCUUCCUGCAUCUGUGAAUUUAAUGGCAGAAGCCAUCAAACUAGUAUUUUGUUUAGUGAUGUCAGUACGAGUGGUCAUUCGAGAGGGCCGCUCUUAUAAAGAUUUGGGGUAUUCAUCUGGUGCCUCUUUUCUCAGCUACCUGAAAUGGUCUGUUCCUGCAUUCCUCUACUUCCUCGAUAACCUCAUAAUCUUCUAUGUGAUGACCUAUCUGCAACCUGCCAUGGCAGUAUUGUUUUCCAACAUUGUUAUUUUUACAACAGCCAUUCUCUUCCGAGUUGUUCUAAAGAGGCGCCUGUCUUGGGUGCAGUGGGCAUCUUUGAUAAUUUUGUUCCUGUCCAUUGUGUCAUUGACCACUGGCAGUGGUGACCAGCAUGCCAUUGCUGUACAUGGCCUCCACCCAGCCCACAUUUCCACCCCUUCUAAUAGCUGCUUAAAAUACGCCCAUCCCAAGCCAGAGCAUCAGAACCAUAAUGAAACAUACUGGAAACGUGAGAUGUGGGACAGCCAGCUCAUCCACAGGCUGAACAGCUUUGGCCUGGGUUAUGUCCUACUGCUGCUGCAGUGCUUCAUCUCUGCACUGGCCAACAUCUACAAUGAGAAGAUCCUCAAGGAGGGGGAGCAGCUAGUGGAGAGCAUCUUCAUCCAGAACAGCAAGCUGUACGUGUUCGGUUUGAUCUUCAACAGCCUUACGCUGCUCCUGCACUCUGACUACCGUGACCUGACGUUACACUGCGGCAUCCUCUAUGGACACAACGUCUUCUCCGUCGCACUGGUUUUCAUCACAGCUGGCCUAGGCCUGUCAGUGGCCUUCAUUCUCAAGUUCCGUGAUAACAUGUUCCAUGUGCUUACAGGCCAGAUCACCACGGUCAUCGUCACUGCGCUCUCUCUUUUCCUGUUUGACUUUCAUCCAUCAAUGGAUUUCUUCCUGCAGGCACCUGUAGUACUGCUAGCCAUCUUUAUCUACCAUAGCAGUAAACUGAAGGAUCCGGAGUACUCACUACAGCACGAGAGGCUCGGGGUCAUCAAUGGAGAGAUGUUUGACAGGUCAAGAGGGAAUGAGGAAGAGUUGGAGAGACUAACCAAGGCUAACACAGAGAGUGAAUCUGAAGAAGAAUCUUUCUGAGUCAGUUUUGAACCCAUCUCUAAUUAUCAUGUAAAUAUACAGGAAUCAGCCUGUAUAAGUAUGAUGUAGAUGUAUUAUAAUGAAUGAUGAUUGUUUCAGUCACAUGGAAUGUCUGUGUGACGUGCAAAGGGAUCAAAGAGUUGUU